AUGCACCUGACAGUGAAAGUUUUGAAUGGCGAAGAAUGUGUCGUUUCUGCCUCCCCCAGUAGUCUUGUAACAGAUAUUAAAGAACAAGUUUCAGCAUUAUUAUCAGUACCAGUUCCUAGUCAAAGAUUAACUUUAAAAGGCAAAAUAUUAACAGACAAUAAGAAGCUUUGUGAUUAUGAUAUUAAAGAUGGCGCUAGAAUUAUGUUAACGGUGAAAAAGACAGAUAUUCAGGAAUCGUUUGUAGUCUCCUCCCCCAACUGGAAAAAACUAUCAGUGUUUUUAAAAAGACAUUUUAAAGAAAAAGAUGCAGAUUUGGUUUUAAAAGAAUUUAUAAAGAAUUUUGAGAAAGGUGUGUCAUCACUAAGUUUAGAUGACAUUGAAAGAUUAGCUGCUCAUAGACUACAGUCUAAUUCAGACUGA